CUCUAAGCCUAUAUAUCUUCUCCUUCGACGGCUCUUCUUGUACCUCUCUCUCUCUCUCACUCUCUUCAUCUGUCUAAAUAAACAAUGAACCGUUCUGAAGAAUUUGUGGAACAGGGAAUUUGUCAACGGAACUUGAAGAGGGUAUCAUGUACAAGUACAACUGUGCUAAUAUUGGCAUAUCAAAGUCUUGGAGUGGUUUAUGGCGACCUCAGUACUUCCCCUCUCUAUGUUUACAAGACCACUUUCUCUGGGAAGUUUAGCCUUCAUGAGGAUGAUGAGGAGAUUUUUGGGGUCUUUUCAUUUAUCUUCUGGACCUUUACUCUCAUUGCUCUCUUCAAAUACGUUUUAAUUGUCAUGUCAGCCGAUGACAACGGUGAAGGUGGUACCUUUGCCUUGUACUCGCUUCUCUGCCGUCACGCGAGAUUAAGUGUUCUACCUAAUCAGGAAUCCAUAGAUGAGAAACUGUCUGCGUAUGUAACAGUAGGAUCCAAUGACACACGGCAGAGUUCAACUCUGAAGCUAAUCUUUGAAAAGCAUCCGAGAUUUUGCGAAGCUCUCUUGGUCUUUGUUCUGCUUGGAACCUCUAUGGCAAUUGGGGAUGGAGUACUAACUCCUGCAAUAUCAGUUCUUUCAGCAGUCUCGGGAAUUAAACUCAAGAUCACAGAACUCCAUGACAAUUAUGUUGUCAUAAUCUCAUGUGUCAUUUUGGUGGGGCUUUUCUCCCUUCAGCACCACGGGACACACAGAGUUGCUUUCAUGUUUGCACCAAUUGUCACAGCCUGGCUUUUGUGCAUCAGUGGCAUAGGCAUAUACAACAUAUUCCACUGGAAUCCACGCAUCUUCCACGCUCUCUCUCCCGUUUACAUGUUCAAGUUCCUCAGAACCACGGGCGUUGAAGGAUGGGUGUCGUUAGGCGGUGUAGUUCUUUCGAUGACAGGUGUGGAGGCAAUGUUUGCUAAUUUAGGCCAUUUCUCUCCUCUCUCAAUUAAGAUAGCCUUCACAUUUCUAGUAUAUCCAUCACUGAUUCUUGCAUACAUGGGCGAAGCUGCAUUCCUCUCUAAGCACCAUGAGGAUAUUCAGAGAAGCUUCUAUAAAGCCAUACCAGAAGCCGUGUUUUGGCCGGUGUUCAUUGUGGCGACUUUUGCAGCUGUAGUAGGAAGUCAGGCAGCAAUCUCAGCUACCUUCUCCUUAAUAAGCCAGUGCUGUGCACUGAAUUGCUUUCCACAUGUGAAAGUAGUUCACACUUCAAGCAAAAUAUAUGGUCAAAUAUACAUUCCAGAGGUCAAUUGGAUGUUAAUGUGCCUUUGUUUAGCUGUGACAAUAGGACUUAGAGACACAAAUAUGAUGGGCCAUGCAUAUGGACUGGCAGUCACAACCGUAAUGUUUAUGACAACCUGCUUAAUGGCUCUAGUGAUGAUAAUAGUGUGGAAGAAAAAGAUGAUAAGUUCUAUAGCAUUCUUGGUGUUUUUUGGAUCAAUUGAACUUCUCUACGUUUCAGCUUGCAUCAACAAAAUCCCAGAAGGCGGGUGGAUCCCAAUUGUGCUGUCUUUGAUCUUCAUGGCUGUAAUGUACAUAUGGAACUAUGGAACUCUCAAGAAACACCAAUUUGAUGUGGAGAACAAGGUCUCCAUGGACAGGAUAGUGGCCUUGGGGCCUAGUCUUGGCAUGGUUCGUGUCCCUGGAAUCGGGCUCAUUUACACCAAUCUGACUAAUGGCGUCCCAGCUGUUUUCGGACACUUUGUUACUAAUUUGCCCGCCUUCCAUCAGGUGUUAGUCUUCAUAUGUGUGAAAUGUGUCCAAGUUCCUUACGUCCGCGAAGUGGAGCGCCUUCUUAUCACUAGGAUGGGGCCUAAAGAGUAUAGCAUGUUCAGAUGCAUUCUGAGAUAUGGCUACAAAGAUCUUUUACAAGAAAACUAUGAUUUUGAGAAUAAACUAGUCUCAGGAAUAGUACAAUUUGUAGAAAUAGAGGAAGAAUGUGAUCCGAGAGGAACUAGCACAGAUUGCUUUAGAGACAUGGACAAUACAGAACACACUUUCAUCAACUCAAAUCAAGAAGACAACAUGGUUCGGCCUUCUUGUGAUUUCCAAGCUGGCAAAGAUGAGUCUUUGCAGAUACUGAAUGCAAAAGAAUCCGGCGUCGCUUAUAUUCUCGGGCAUUCCUACGCAAAAUCGAAGAAAUCGUCGUCCGUUUUGAAGAAAAUGGCCAUAGAUAUAGUGUAUACUUUCCUAAGCAAAAAUUGCAGAGGGCCUGAUGUUGCACUGAACGUGCCUCAUACUUCUUUGCUAGAAGUUGGUAUGGUUUAUUAUGUCUAACCACUAGAAAAUGAAAAAUACCACUCUUAGAUGUAACAAAAUAUGUCUAAGUAUACAUAAACCGUUUACAGUUUAAAAAAAAAAGGUUUUUUCUUUUCUUUUCUUUUUUUUUCCCCUGACUUCUAAGAUGUAUAUUGCCCAUGUGUUUAUAUCUAGAGAGAAUAAAAAGGAAAAAUUGUAGCUUCAAAAAGGUCUAGUCCAUUCCAGUUUUAGGAGGGAAAAGAUGUCUAUCAUAUAUGUAAUAUUGUUGGAAAGGGUAAUUUUGCAUCAAUGCACCUUAAAGUUUUUUGUUA